GACUAUGCUUCUUCUUUUACCAAAAUACCCAAUAAUUCAAAUAUAUUACAUGAUACUUCAGUUUUAUAUAUAUAAUAUGUAUAUUGAAAAUCUGAUGUUUUACCUUUUAAUUAAUGUAUUUACUUGAAAAUCUGAAUAUAAAAAUAUGUGUUAAAUUUUAGUUGUUUUUCUUUAAAAUAGAACAAAAAUAAUAAAAUAAUAUUUAAUGUUUUUAAUAUAUGUUAAAAAAAAUCUGUCAAUUUUUUAAAAUACAUAAACUUACAACCUUUUAGUCUGGGGCUUUUAAAGAGCCGGUUGUAAAUCUAGUCUAGUAUAUAUAUACUUUGCAUAUCUCUUCGUCAUCUCUACCUUCACCUACAAGAAGCUAAAACAUCUCUCACCAAUCGAAGCUUACCAGAAACUGAAAGAGAAACUUAACGAGCAUGCGGGUUAUCUCAUGGCUGUUCGAUUCAGAACAUUCUUCCCGGAGAAGACGAACACCAAAAUCUCCAACGCAUUUGGAUUCCACCGACAGCGCCACGUCAUCUUCGCUCAGCGAAGCCACCGGCUCCACCAGCCUCCACAGCAGUCUCUCUCUCCAGACCCUCCCUUCCGUUCCCUCUCUCCAGAAAAUCCCCGCCGAGACUCUCGCCGUCACCGUCUCUCACUCCGUUACCUCCUCUUUUAAACUCCGGGAACGGAGUCUCCCCGUCACUUGUCUCGCCGUCAACGGCGGUUAUGUCUUUGCAGUCUCCGGACACGAAGUCAGCAUCUACGACCGCGCCAUGUGUGCUCAUCUCGACACUUUCAACGGCCAGGAUCCGUUCUCAGGAUCCGUCAAGUCCGUCGGUUUCUCCGGUGAAAAAAUCUUCACUGCUCAUCAGGACGGUAAAAUCGGAGUUUGGAAAUUAACCGCCAAAAACGGUUACAAACAGUUAACGACUCUGCCCACGUUAAACGACCGUUUGCGACGUUUCGCUCUUCCUAAAAACUACGUUCAGGUUCGCCGUCAUAAAAAACGUCUCUGGAUCGAACACGCUGACGCCGUUACCGCUCUCGCCGUUAAUAACGGGUUCAUUUACUCCGUUUCUUGGGACAAGACCUUGAAGAUAUGGAGAGCUUCCGACCUUCGUUGCCAGGAAUCUAUUAAAGCGCACGAUGACGCCGUUAACGCCGUCGCCGUUUCUACUAACGGCACCGUUUACACUGGAUCCGCGGAUAGACGUAUCCGGGUUUGGGCGAAACCCGCAGAUUCGAAACGGUACAAGUUGGUCGCGACUUUGGAAAAGCACAAAUCGGCGGUUAACGCUCUGGCAUUAAAUGAGGAUGGUUCGGUUUUGUUCUCCGGUUCGUGUGACCGGUCAAUUUUGGUUUGGGAGAGAGAGGACAGCUCCAGUUACAUGGCGGUGAGUGGUGCUUUGAGGGGACACGAUAAAGCAAUUCUGAGCUUGUUUAACGUCUCCGAUUUGCUUCUAAGUGGAUCUGCUGAUCGGACGGUCAGGAUUUGGCGGCGCGGAACAGAUGGUUGUUAUAGUUGCUUGGAGGUGCUUUCCGGUCACACGAAGCCGGUUAAGUCGCUUGCAGCGGUUAAAGAUUCGGAGUUAGACGGUGUCGUUUCAAUCGUUAGUGGAAGUCUUGACGGGGAGGUUAAGUGUUGGAAGGUCUCCGUCACCAAACCGGAUAAUUCAGUUUACACGGAUCUCGUUUCAUGAUUUUUUAAAUAAUUAUUUAUUGUUUUUCUUUUUGUGAUAUUACUAUUUUAUUUGUUUGGCGAACAACAAUUUGGCGUUUUUUAACCGUCACUUUACAAAAAAGGAUUAUUACAAUACGUGACAGAAGAGUUUUCUUUUAUAUAUUCGUGUCAUGUAAGAUUACAAAACAAAGGAUAGUAAUAAACUAAUAGUGGUAUUAAGAAUAACAAGGUCAUUAGUGGUUUAAUAAAAUGGAUAAACCGAACGAGUGGAAACACAUGUACAUGUUUUCAGGCGUAGGAAUGAAGAUGCUGUCUGUGCCACCUUGAAACCUGGGGAAAUCUAUGUGGUGAUGUUUGAUAAGUCUAUGACAUUUGCACUGUAUUAGAUUCUGUAGAGGUUUGUGAUUGGUUUUAGACAAAUAUACUUUGAAAAUAUGAUUGGUGGACAUUAGAUUUAGACAGAGGGAGUACAUUAUAAAUAUUCGCAUGCAAAAGUUAAUGUACCAAAGUGAGAUUUUCAAGACACAUAAGAUACACCGAAACAAGAAGUCCAAAGACCCGUGAGAGUGUGGAUAAGACAUUUUUAUAACUUUUUAAAAUAACUAAGAUUUCUUGUCUUGGACGAAAUUAGCUAAAAUUGUUCUAAAACUGAAAUCGAGACUAACUCCUAGGCUGUUUCCCUUUUGAUAGGGCUUACUUUCCAGAAGCAUUCAGUUGCUUGCUGGCCUAGUUUCCAGAAGUACUCGUUGCUUGCUGGCUUUGUAUCUUACAACCGCAUUCCACCAUGUAUCUCAUCUUAAUAAUAUAAUUUUAGUGUUUAAAAAAAAAAAGACUAACUCCUAGGCCUAUAAAGUAUAAUUUUUAGUUUUACACAUAACAUCUAUUAGUGCGAUACGAAUUCAAAAGAAAUGUGUGUUUAAUUUUUUCUUGGUCGAAAAAUGUGAGUUUACCAGGAAAACAUAAUUACUGUGUUUACCUGUAUAAUGAUCAUUGAUGUAUUUUAGCCCAAAGUGAGAAUCUGCGAGAAAAAAGUAAUUCGUUAGGUGCUUCAUCUCUUGUAUUAAGGUGAGAAGUGGAGAAGAUAGAGUAGACAGACCACACUAUAAUAAUGUUUUCUAAUAUUGAAGGAAUCUUUUUUGACAAACAAUAUUGUUGGUAAAAAACUAAAAAAAACUUUGUAUCAGACUAUACUGAAUGAAAAAGGCCUCAAACUUUUAUACCAGUGGAUAAGAUUAUACUAUUGAAUAAACUAUCACUGAUAGACUGUAAUCCAUUCAUUCUGAUUACACAAAGCAAAACUACAGUUAUAGUGAAACAUCUCCUUUUCAUAGGUAGAUCAGAAAAAUGGAAUUACAAGCUUCUUUAGCAUAAACAAAAAAGUACAAAAUCAUUUUCAUAGGAAGAAAAUUACUUGGAAAUAUUAAAGAAUGUUACUUGGAAAAGCCGACAAAGAAAACAAGGGCGACUUAGAAACUGGACAAAGAUGAAUCACAUAAAAUGCAACUUGUAAAUAGUUCUACAAAAAUUGCAUGAUAAAAUACAUUUUUAUUUAUUGUCUUUGGUCAAACAAGUACAUUUUAAUUAGUUAACAUUUAACAUGGUGCUGACUUAUUAUCAAAACAAAUUUUAAUACUUUUUUGCCAACCAAUCAAUAAUACUGGAGUCCGAGUAUAUGGACGUAGCCAUUACAGCUAAAUGGCUAUAUAAACUUUGAAUGAGUAGUAGUUAGUAAUAGUCUAUUCCUCACUAUAGGUGGUAUAUCAAAAUCUGACCAUAGUAUUAAGGACUUUGUAAUCGAUCAAAAGGAGUAGCUACAUUAAUAUUCGAAUAAAAUCUUGAUUAUGACACUAAUUGUAUUUACUAAUCUGUAAUAUAUCUAGAACAUUUUUGUAUAUUGCUCAAUGAGAAUUUGCAUAUGUCCAACUGGACCAACUCUGCUUCAUUGAAUAAAAAACAGAUUAUGUUAAGUGGUAGAGCUUCAGCCACCACCACAUCACUUCAGGGCUUCAACGUUAUGAGCAUAUGAAAGUUGACUGUUUUUUCUUUCAAAAUGAAGGUUGACUGCUUAAUUUUCAAAGUUCCUCGUUUUACUCCGAGAAUAUUCGAAGUCACCUGAAACAGAAUAACUGUUUUUUCCUACGUAUCAGAGUUAAGGGAACACAACCUCAACAAAUGUAAUAUCAAAAUGAACACAUCUUUUCUGUGAAGAUCCAACAAUGUAUAUCCCCUUUCUGCAUAGGGAGAACUGAUCAAAACAGCAUGUGGACUGUGAACUACAACUAGAGAAUUGUGUACAUAACACUCUCAUUGUAAUUUGUAGCUCGAGGCCUCUCGAAUAAAGCAAUCAUAGGUCUUUACCACAAUGCCAGUCACAUGGUAUGUGUGACCGAUUUUAUAAUGUACUUUCAUUAUAUAAAAUACUUAUAAAUAUAAAAUAUAUAAUACAUUAAAAGAGUUAUAGAAGAUGUUUUCUUUGUAUUUACAUAUAAUCCCUUACAUCUCUGUGAAUUAUUAGAAAAAAAAUUGAAUUACUUAAUUUUUUUGUGAUUAAUCAUAGUUUAUAUUGCUUGUACUAUUUUCUACUACUGAGACGACGGUCAGACAAAUGCAUGGACUGUUCAUCACACAUUUUUCCAAAUAAAUGGAAUGAGAAGACCCAUCUUGUGUGACAAAAGUGGACAAACUUGACACAUACCUUAAUACGUGUACGUGACCGUGAGAAUGAAAAGUAGACAUACAAGUUGGCCAACUUGACCUCGUCUUAUUACCAAAGAAUUCAGUUCUCAUGAUGAUAUACUCCUUUUUCUAUUCACGUAUAGAUAUUAAUCUUACUAUAUAUAUAUGUGUGGCCCAAACUUAGGCUUCUUCUACGGUUAGUGGAGAAGAUUGAUUUCCGAUUACGACCUUAGACCGAAAACAUGAGGAUUGGGCAAAUUCGAAUAUAACUAUUGGAAGUUCAUAAAAACCCUAAAGAUCUCAUCAUCUCACAAGUAUGGAUUCACGUGUAUCUCAUUUGCUGCAGGAGAAUUAAGUAGAAGAUGACAAAUGUCUUUAAGCGUAUAUCUAGAGAUAUAUUGGUAUGAAUAUUUUUUUUUUUUUUGUAGAAAACCAUCUUUCCUAGCUGAUUUUCUUAAGAUAUGAAUAUUUACGUUACCUCAUAUAUACGUACGUGGAUACGUAUAAAUCCGUUUUAUACUUUUAUAUUUAGUGUAGUACGAUAUUAUUGUGGACUGACUUCUGGGGUUUGCUGUCUCGCGAUUUACGACCUCAUAACUCAAGUUUAAUAAGUCUACUAGUAUAACUUUUUAACGAAAUAAAACCAACUAUAGCUUAUAAAUGUCAAGUCUGUUAUCUAUGUUUCCACACUACAUUUAUGCACAAAGUAUGUUUGACAAAAGAAGAGAGUUCACAUAACCGUUGAAGUGAAAUAAUUAAUAGUCUGUAGAGCAUGUCAAUAUUAGGCCUAGUCAACAUGUACAUAUAUUUAUUUGAAGUUUAAUUUAUACUAUAAAACAAGGGGCAAACUUAUAUAUUUUUUUAAAAAUUAUAUUGUUAAUGAACUACUUACACUUUUGCAUAUACUAAAAGACUAUCAAAUAAUUUAGUAAUUCAUAAGUAAAUUAUUGUCAACUAUGGUUUUUUUUUUCACUUUGUUUUUUUUCUUAUCUUGCUACUUAUGGUUUUUCGCCGUUCGAUAAUAGAACCGGACUUUUUCACUCCUCCAAUCUAAAUGCAUAGAUUUGUAUAUGAUAAAACAUUAUACAGUAAUUAUUCUAUAAAUUAAUAAUAUUAGAACUUGAUAUUUUAUUAAUUUGCAUAAAUUUUCUUUUCUAUACUUAUAUAUUUUAAAAUAUGCUAUGUAAAAUUAUGAAGAAUAUGUAAUGAUUAAAUUUUAUGUAUACAAAUUUAUAUUUUUUUAUUCAGUUCUAUAGUGUAUAGAGUAAAAGUUCUAUAAAUUAAUAAUAUUAGGACAUUGAUUUUAUUAAUUUACAGACUUUUUUUUCAUAUUUAUAUAUUUUAAAAUAUGUGUUAUGUAAAAAUAUAAAGUAUACUUGAUUUUACCGUAUAUGUAUAUUGAUUAAAUUUUUAUGGUUAUAAAUUUAUAUUGUUUUUAUUCAAUUAUAUAAUGUACUUAGAAAUAUUUAAAAGAACUUAAAGAUAAAUUUCACUGUAAAUAAAAACAAAAUAUAAAUUUAUUAUUUUCUUAUGUUAUUGAAUUGUGUCAUAUUUUUAGAAGCUGGUUCGGAACCAGUAAAAUUUAUUAAUUUAUGACACUUAUUAAUUUAUCGAAUUUUUAGCAUGUAACUGAAAUAUAAUUUUUGUAAUUAAACUCUUAAACGGGCUUAACUACCACGGUUGGGCCUAAAGCAAAUGAAAAGUUUCCCAUCAAGUUCUGUAACUAAGGAGUAAGUUAAAAUAUUGUAAAAAAUAAAUCAAAACCCGAGAUUCGAAGCUCCAACGAGGACGCAGAAGCUGUCCUCAGCGACGUCGAGUCCGACGAACCAUCUCCCCUUGCUCUAAACGAUCCUCCUCGUGAAGACGUACAAGACGAGAGGGUGACGGAGCUAAUCGCGAGAAGAAGGCUCGAGAAGCGGCCGAGAGUUCGAAAUCGGAUCUCCAAGCGUCGUUCAAUCGGCUCAAGGCUCUCGCUCACGAGGUGAUCAAGAAGCGCGAAGAGUCCAAGCGGGAACGAGACGAAGCGUUUAAGGAGAAGGAGAGACUUUCAAAGGAGCUUGAGAGUGUGAGUAAAAGUAAAGAUGAGAUGAAGUUUAAGCUUGAUGAGGUUGUUAGAGAUAGAGAUGCGUUGAAAGGGGAGAUUGAGAGUUCGUCUCGUAUGCUUGUGUCGGGGAUUGAGAAGGUAUCUGGUAAAGUUAGCAGCUUUAAGAGUUUCUCAGGUCUUCCUAUGGUGUUAUCAAGCGUGCGAAUGAGAUAGUGGAGGAGCUCGUUAGGGAGAUUGAUAAGUCUAGGAAUGAAGCUAGUAAAGUAAAUGAGUUGGUUUACCUCAGAGCAGAGCAUAGGGUUGCCUAGGAUUCAUAUGUAUCAUUAUCCAGACAAGUCCAAAUAGUAGGAAUCUGAUUCCCCAUGUGCUUGCGACAUCUUAAUUGAUGUUUAAUGAAAGUCCGCACAAGUAACUAUUUGUCCACUGCAGUGAUCAUUUUCUUGCUUUUGUUGGUGUAACUUACGUCGACCACAUUAUUUUUGUAAAUCAAUCAGGGAAGAGACUAGUUCUCUGAGGAAACAAUUGGACUCUCAGACAAAGGAGCUUAACUAGAGAAUGCGGCAAAUAGAACAACUUAAAGAAAAAGGAGAGAAUAGCGAAUGAAAAUCUGCAUGUGCUUAAAGAAGAACUUGAAGAGGCAAAACAAGCGAUUAAAGAAUCAGAGAAGAAACUAAAGUUCAAGGAGGAGACGGCAGCACCAGCCAUGGGAGCAAGGGAUGCAGCAGAGUGAUCUCUAAAACUCGCAGACAAUAGGGCAACUAGGCUGAGGGAAAGAAUGCAAGAGCUAAACCGUAAAGUUGAAGAGUUAGAAACCCAUCGAGAUAUGAGUAGUUCAAACAGAGCUAGCUACGUAUGUUGGCCAUGGCAACUUCUCGGGAUUGACUUUGUAGGAGGUCGAAGAGUUGACUCUGUACAACAACAACAGAGUUCGAACGAGAUGGAACUCGCUGAACCUCUACUAUGACAAAACCGGGUACUUUAUACAGUUACUCUUCAGUAUUUAGUUUUUUGAUUCUUAUGUAUAUUCCAGCUGAUAAAGUUUUAAAGCUUGAACAUGUAUUGUUUCUUGUUGUAAUGUUAAAACCCAUCAAUAAAUCUGAAACUUACAUUCUUUUUAUUCA